AUGGUUUCCAAUAUCAAGAAUCCCGCGACAUGGGACGAAUACGAUGGACGGCCCUCCCCGUCUGGCAGUGCUGCGUCCAGUGGCUUGCACUCCGAAAUGCAUGGCCUGUUGGACGAUGACAACCAUGAUGAGCACCGACGUGGCUCGUUCUCGAACCGACUUGCUGCUGUGGCCGACAUUGGUGGGGUGAACAGUUUUCGAUCCUUUGCUCGUAGCUGGCAGCGCGCAGCUGGAUUUCCCGAAGUCAUUCCCCGCCGACCUAGUUUCAUAUACGCGGGCGAUGGUACCGCAAUUGAGGAUGCCGACUCUGACGAUAUUCAAUAUGGAAGGAGUCAUGUUGAGGAUCGCGAAGCCCGCCCUACCACCAGCUUAUUACGGCAGCACCUCGAAGCCUCGUACCAAGAACACUCGGCGGGUGACGCCUCAUCAUCCAAUGCCUUGAGAGAGAUUGGGGAAAAUCACUUGAGUCCUUCUACCGCGCUCGAACACUCCCGAGAAGACUUCAGGUCUCGAGAGGGAAAGCCUCUUGAUACCGAGAUGGCUAGCGGCGCAUUGCUCGGCUCUUCGCCGUCUGGCCGAUCCAGCAUAUUUGGCAACCCCCCGUAUCUGUCAACCUCGUCCAUUAUCGGGAGCUAUGAUUCUUAUCGCAGCUCUAUGUAUGGGACUAUUGGUAGAGAAUCGUUGCAACCGCGGCGACUUUCGCUUGACCCUGCAGCAGGCUGGGUGGAAGAAGAGGACGAUGAGGACGCCGCCCAUGGCGAGCAUGAACCGAUCCUCGUCAAAGAGGUUAAACAGGGAUCCCACGUUGUACUUGCUGUCGAAGGCCAGAGCACGCUCCCCCAGUCGGUUUUCAACUCCAUCAACGCCAUUAUUGGGGUGGGCAUCCUGAGUUUACCAUUGGCCUUCAAACUUAGCGGCUGGAUUUUCGGACUCGCACUCAUGACUCUAUGCGCAUGUGUGACUGGUUACACCGGCAAGCUGCUAGCGAAGUGCAUGGACUAUGAUCCUGGCCUCAUCACCUACUCAGACCUAGCAUUUGUGUCGUUUGGCACCCGUGCACGCAUGGUUGUAUCAGUCAUGUUCUCCUUGGAGCUCGUUGCUGCCUGUGUGGCCUUGAUGAUCUUGUUCGCUGACUCUCUCGAUCUGCUGUUACCUGGAUUGGCGACCGUCAAUAGUUGGAAGUGUCUUUGUGCAGUCCUCAUCUUGGUGCUGAAUGCGCUCCCCCUGCGCUUCUUGAGUUACACAAGUAUUGUUGGCAUCUUCUCCACCUUUGGAAUUGUCUGCAUCGUUAUAGUAGACGGCCUGGUUAAGACGGAGACUCCCGGGUCUUUACGAGACCCAGCCGCUACUUACCUACUGCCAUCAAACUGGCUUGCGUUACCCCUAGCCUAUGGUCUGAUGGCCAGUCCUUGGGGUGCGCAUUCUAUUUUUCCCUCGAUCUAUAGGGAUAUGCGCCACCCCGCCAAAUGGGGCAAGGCCGUCAAGGUCACAUUUUCUUUUUCUUACGCCUUGGAUAUGUGUCUUGGCGUAAUUGGCAUUCUCAUGUUUGGUGAUGGCAUCACUGAUGCCAUUACGUCCAACAUUCUGAAGAGCGAAGGCUAUCCAAAGGCCCUGGCUAUCACCAUGUGCAUUUUCGUUGCCAUUAUCCCACUUACCAAGAUUCCCCUCAACGCCCGGCCUCUGGUCACCACGGCAGACGUACUCUGCGGCGUACAUGAGCAUCACCAUCACCACCAUCACGAACACCAAGACAGCACGGGCAAUCAUCGCGGAGAGCUGGUGAAAAGCGGAAUCCGCGGUGUCAUCCGUGUCAGCGUGGUCAUCAUUCUGCUCUUCAUAUCAAUUGUCUUCCCCGCCUUUGACUCGGUCUGUGCUUUCCUCGGCGCAGCGCUCUGCACAGCUAUCUCCAUCAUCCUCCCGAUAUCCUUCUAUCUGAAGUUGUACUGGCAAGAAACGUCGCCUUCGGAGCGGCUCGUGUUGUUCUCGCUCCUCAUCGUUUUCUCCAUUUUCGGCUCGGUUGGGACAGUUUGGACGUUUUUGCCAAAGGAUCUGAUUGGGGCGUAA